GUAGAUCAAUGUGAACUGCCGUUUAGGAAGGCCGAUAAGAAUCCUUUUUUUUUGUUUAUACAAUGAGAAAAUAGCAAACACACCUAUUUUGGAAUGUUGCCAUGUUUAAAAGAUACUGCCGUUUUCUGUCCAGGCGUCCUUUGGUGAUAGUUUUAAUCGUUUUAGCGGUGACACUAGCCGCCUGCGUCUCCGUUUUACUUAGCGGAAAAGCACCGCGACUAGGGGAGGCAAGCGAGGGAUUCGAGACUCGAAAUACUGAGUGGGCCAGGCGCGAUACGACAUUACUAGACUUACUGGAGGCGACAAAAGAUGGUAAUAGACGCCGUCGCAAAAUUUCACCAUCCGAUACGAAUAUCACAUACGACGAUGAGGAUAAUAGUGUCAAAUUUGAAAGGCCUAAAUGCGCAGGAGUUUGCCAGGGGCUUAAUCCAGGUAAGGAAACUUGGAGUAUCAUUUUCAAAAUGUAAAGUCAAGAUAAAUGCGGUGUAGAUACAUUUUCAGAUCAAUGACUUCUAUUUAAAAACUUCUUAUAGAUACCUCUUUUAAUUUCUUUAAUAGUUUCGUGAUAAAGUUGCAAAAUUAUUGAAAGGUUUAGUAAUCGCACUGAACAAAUCACGAAUUUUUCAAAAGUUUUAUGUUCUCCUUUAAAAACUCAAAUUACAUUUUUAAUCAAUCAUAAUUCGAGGAAUAUAUAUACAUAUAUAUAUUAUGGUAAAUAUAAGGCUUAGGUCCGGUUUCCAUAGACACUCCGUUGCUUCAUGCAUGUAUUGCUCAGGUCGUGUAAUCGACAGUACAUUCAACUGAUACGCUUGCCUUAAAAAAGCGUUUCUUUGGAUAGAUAAAAAUUAUAUACGUUGAGAAAUGAAAUUCCUAUAUUAUAUAGAUUGUUGAAAAAAUUCAAUAUUUUCUAGUUUAUCACUUAGUAGUGACAUAUUUCAACGUUUGCCCCAAUUUUGUUGUCGUUUUUUUUCUAUAUUUUGUAAAUUUAACUUAUUCGUAAGAAACCUUAAUCAAUAGAAAACGUCAUUCAACAUGGAAAAUCUCAACUUUCGAUAAAAAUUUUGAUUGCCAGUAUUUUAAAAGGUCUAGCGAGAAAAAAAUUUUUUUUAAAUGAAGGCUUGUCAAUGGAUGAAAAGCUAUUAAAAGUUGACCGAUAUGUGUGACUUGACACCUGACGUCUGUGGGCAAAAACCAGAAGCAACUGGACUGUACUCUAAAUUCUAUUAUGCACCAUUAGAGCAUUUAUAAAAGUAUCUUAAGGAAAGGAAAAGUUAAAAAAAAAUGUAAAAGUGUAUGAUUCUACUAAUUAUGUAAAUUAAUUCCAUUGAAAAGACAUUUGACCAAGGUUUAGUGGAGAGUUUUGUUUAAGGAAAGCAAGAAAGAUUUACGUGACACCUUUGCACUCGACCCGGUGUAGCAAUAUAUAUUUCACAGUUUGCUUCGCGUUAAUUAUAUAUUAGACGCGAUUUCCCAUACACUAAAGGCGUCUAAUCUCAUUAACGUUCCAUCCUAAGCAUCCGUUAUAAACAUUUUUCUCUCUCUAUUUCAUACCAUUUUCAUCAAAAAGAUAGCUGUAAAAGGUAAUAUAAGCUGAUGUUGUCCCAUAAAUUGACUACCUGUGGCAGUGAACUACGAACCAGAUCAACUUGGGAGAAAAAAUAAGAAGUAAACACAUCUGUCUCGUGUAAAGGAUAAUUGAACCUUGAUUGGUUUAAUAAAAAACUUUGAUAGGAGGAUUAAUUCCUUUUAGAACGAAAAUUAACUAUUGAACUGGUGCCAGUCAAUUAUUCGUUUUAGUAACUUUAUUGACUCAACAGCAAAUACCAAACGUUUCUUACAAGUUCUAAACUAUUCCAUACGUUUCCACAAUUUACAAUACGUUGAUUUUAUUAAUAAUCGAUUAUCGCUCCCUCCUACUUCGCACUAAAGAUACCAUUAAUUAAAACUACUCCAUUUUCCAUCGACGAAGCAUUUUUAUAAGAAAAUAAUAAUCAAUGAAAAGAGAAAAAAAAGCAGACUUUAAUAUACAGUUGUAUAUGCUGUAUAGACAGUGUGCACAAUUUAUUGAUCAUUUAAUAGUUGCUGGACAUACUAAGCAAAAUUAAUAUAUAUUCUAUAUUAAAUAAAGAGUAUCCGGUUUAAAACACAAGUAUAAGAGACCUAUAAAUGCACAAUAGUAUCAAGAAGAAAUGAUAGAAUAAACUUCUUCAACCUUAUUCCACGGUAAAAAAUACUUUUAGAGUAAUUACUAAUGAGGUUUCUAAGAUGGAACAACAAAAUUCCCUUUUUUUUCUUUUUUUUUAUCCUUACAUCUUUCUCUCCCUCUCUAAUUCUUUAUCUCUGUCUAUCUGUCUGUCUGUCUGUCUGUCUGUCUGUCUGUCUCAUUUUCUUUCUUCGUUUAGUUUACCUUAAACUACGUAAAAAUAGUCAAUAUUGUUUAACAUACGAUAGAUCGUAAUUUGUUUGUUUGAUAAGUAAUUAUAACGUAGGCUUGAAGUGUUAACAAAGUAGAAAAAAGAGAGAAAAAAAGGGAAAAAAUGUUGAUCCUUAUUUUAUUUUUCUAGUGUUGUGACUGUUGAAAGAUUACAAUUUUUUUUUGCCAAGAUUCUUUUUUACUCUCGUUUUUCAUCACUUCACUCUCAUCUUUCAUUUUAAGAGGUUUUUUUUUAAAGUAAUACUUCUAACAGUGGAAUCAUCUCGUUUUCAUGAUGAAGACUAUAGUCCUUUCUUAACCAUUUUUAAUAGGACUAAUUUAAUGAAAAUUCUUUGAAACAAUACUAGUACAAUAAAUUAGAGUAGGUGGCUUACAUCUGUGUAAUUAAUCAUCUUCUGUUUUAGAAUCGGCCCAUCGAUAUGUAAGACUAAUUUGGUAUAGGCGUUCCUCAUCUAUUCUAUCCUUCGUUAAAAGUGUCUGCCGAUUUGAAAAAAGUGCAACUGCUUCCACGAUAUUUCGUAAAGACUGCGAAACAUCGGCCAACUGUUCCUGCUGCCCAAUUCGUUCUGUGACAUCAAUUUUAGCUGCUGACAACAAUUGUAGUUCGAUAAAUAAUAGAAAUCUUAAAAUUUUCUUAUCGGCUAUCAAGAGAUGCUCGAAUAGUAGCGGAAACUGUAAUGGGUAUGAUGAAGUUGUUCAGUUUCUAAUCGACGGAAGUUUUGGUCGCCGUAAGGAUGUAAGCUAUAUCGCAUCCUUUUUACCAAUAAGUGCUAGCUCAGAAACUGCCUUACCCUUCUGGGACUCUGUCGACUUUUUAAAUAUGAGAGAUGAACAUGCUGAAUUAGUUGCUGCUAGGGACGUGAUUCAGAUCCGUUACAAUAUCUUUAUAUCUAAUAGUAUUAUUGAUAAGUAAUUAUUUAAAAAAAUUUGACUUGACAUGUUUAUUACUAUAUAAACAAAAUAAUUGUUAUAAUUAAAACAUAAAAGCAAGUGUAAUUAAUAAGAAACUUUGAGAAAAGAAAACAAACAAGUCUGAAUCAUAUCCCUUUAAUAAUCUCAAUGCAGAUUCGGCGUAAAAGAAGCCUUGUUCACGGAGCACUUGAAGAUCGAUUUAAAAUACGGCUGUAUGGGCGCAUUGUUCGUCUUAUGUACCAUUUGGCUUUACAGUUCUUCGUUGUUCAUCACAAUUGUUGUGUUACUACAGAUCUUCCUCGCCCUAAUUCUAGCCUAUUUUAUCUACGUUUUCAUCCUAUCAAUGAACUUUUUCCCUUUCGUCAACAUUCUGACGGGUGUUUUGCUAUUAGCCGUAGGUGUUGACGAUGCAUUUGUCUACCUACAAAUUUGGAAGUUAGCCAAAUCGGAUAAACUAACAGGAACGCUGGAACGUCUGGUACUUAACAGCCUCCGGCAUUCAACUUAUUGUAUGCUAGCGACCAGUACGACAACCGCCGGAGCGUUGCUAUCAAAUUUGUUAUCUGCCAUCGUUAGCAUUCGCUGUUUCGCCGUUUUUUCCAGCUUAGCAGUUGGCCUACAUUUAUUACUAUCGGUAACGUGGUUGCCAGCUGCUGCGUUGCUGCAUGAUCAAUAUUGCGGGGGCGUAUAUCCUCGAUUUGUGUUCUACGAGAAAGCCACAAGAUUAGUUAGAACGUUUUUCGACGACCUUCUACCCACCGUCAUUCUUCGUCUGCGAUAUUUUUGGAUAUGGAACGUGAUUCGAGAAGGAAUCAUUGACCCUCUCUUUAACUCUUUCCCACAAAGAUUUUCUUAUUACACUUUCUGACAAAAGAUGAAAAUGUGGCUAAUUUCGCGCCAAAAAAAGUUUCAGAAAAUGAGAAUAAUUGGGCUUAGAUCUUACAGCCACUAUGCCUGUAGUAUCUUAGGAUAUAUACAUAUAUUAUGGUGUAAGCUUUUACGCCUACUUAACGUUGCAUUGAGGAAAAGUUCUACUUUUCUAUUUACCGUAAAACUAUAUUAUCGCUCAUAAAAAGGAAGAAAAAGUAGCUGCUACGAAAAGAAAAUUGAGGCCAAUAUACUGAAACAAUUCUUGUAGGAGAAAACGUUAAAAUUUAUUAUAAAUCAUAGAUUUCAAGCAAUCAAAACGGAUAGAAAUAAGAGGGGAAAAAAGAAUAAGAAUAAUAUUCCACAAAGCCAGCUCAAAAGCUUAGCAAGGGAAAAGUCCUCUAUAUAUAUAUAUAUAUAUAUAUUCUAGAGAAUAUCCUUAAGUAUAAAUUUAACUAAAACGAUUUAUGAUCGAGCAGAUAAAAUUAAAUCGAUAUUUUAUUACUAGACAAUUGCGAAAUCGAAUAUUCAAUCAGACUUCCCGCAAGCAAUAGAGCACAAAUUGUUGCUGUGGGCCUAAAAAUAGUUUUUGUAAGAAAACAGCCUGUUUAAAUAAAGUAUGAAAAAGAUAAUUAUGUUGCAUUUUUGGAUUAUUUAAGUGCAAAUAUAUAAAUAAAUAAAAAAUAUUCUUUUUUAUAUAAUCUCUUAGAACAAAGUAAAAAAAAUAAUUUUUUUUUAAAAAGACAACCUGCUGCCAAAAUCGUUUAGAAAGGCAUCUGUCGCAGCCCGAUUGAAUAAUUUAAGUGAAUUCUAAAGAAUUCUUAUCUUUUUUAAAUUCCCGAAUCACGUUCCAUGUUCUUGCCUCAUACAGCUUGCUCUUUUUACUUAUUCUACUCGGCUGCUUAACGACUUUUGUAUACCCGACGAUAAGGCUACCAUCAUCCCCUUCGUUAGCUCUCUUCCAUUCUGAUCAUCCACUAGAAGCUUAUGACCGUUACAAAAUGGAGUUCCUUUGGGAAAGGGCGGCUGCAAAAAAACGACGCCCAAUGCCAAUAUGGAUCGUUUGGGGAGUCAUUGCUAAGGAUCGACGACACUCUUUCUCCCCUACUACUUCUUACUAUCCACCAAUCUAUGAUCAUUUAUUUAAUCCAUCUGCUAAUGAAUCCCAGCUAUGGCUUUUAAACUUUUGUAAAAGUAUGCGGAAAAUUCACUACGUUGAUUCUAAGCAGGGCCUAUUACCAGGUGUUGUUAACGGGUGUUAUAUUGAAGGAGUAGUAGAUUUUGUACGACAGUCCUGCCUUGGUGUAAAAGAUUUCAGGUGUUGCAAGAAUGCAACAACCUUUCCAUUAAUGGGUUCCCAAUAUGAGGAAUGUGUUGACCGUUGGCGUAGGGAAGCGUGGAGAACUAGCCACCUAUUCUAUGGUUCGGCCACAAAAACUUCAGGUCUCAGAUAUGAUUUUAAAAGAAAAUUAUCUGGUCUAAUAGUUCAGUUUGACUCGACACAACCUUAUACGAGGAACUAUGAAGAUACACUUCGGUUUCGCGAAGCCGUAGAGAAUGAUGUUAAAAAAUUAAUGAAGUCCGCCCCACCCGAAAUGUCGAAUGGCUUCUUUACGUCUGAGUUUAAUCUGGUUGACUUGCAGAACCAUCUUCUUAAAGGUGUCCAAUCUGGGGUAAUAGUUUCAGUUUGCGUUGCUGGCUUCGUCUCUUUAAUCGGAUCUCUUAACCUUAUACUUGCUAUCUUAUCAACGCUCUGUAUUGCCGCAGCCACGUCUGCUACUUUAGGUCUUUUGACUCUCGUCUCACCUGAAUUAGAUUCAGUACAAGCUGUUCUAAUCGUUCUCUCUGUUGGUUUAUGCGUGGAUGGAAUUCUUCAAGUUAGUAUGGCUUAUAGGUUGUCGCCUGAUUUGAGGAGAUUAUCAAGGCUACGAACGGCUUUGAAGAAUUGUGGCCCUGCAGUCACAUUUUCCUCCCUAAGUACUGGUGCAAUUGGCAUUAGUUUUGUAUUUGCACCCCUGAGAGCGUAUUUUCAACUUGGUGCUCUUCUGGCUUUCGUCUCUUUAUCUACCUGGUUAACGGGCAUCUUUGUACUACCGGCCCUUUUAAGCGUUGUUGGUCCGGAGGGCGAUUUCUUACAAGCAAAUUGGCCGACAUCAAACUGUUGUGAAUCGGACGGUUCUCAUGAAGAUAAGACCGUAUACGCCGUACAAAGUGAAGAAACAGCUAGCACAAGCCAUUCUUUACACGAAUUAGAGCCUUUAACGCCAGCUGAACCACCACGAAGAUCACCAUAUAUGAGACCUGCGCCGGUUUUCUAUAGAAAUGGAUCUUUAUUAAAGUCUGCAGAAGAGGGUGGCGAACGUGCUUAGUAGAUGCUUUUGAAUAAAAAAUUAUACUCUUCUACUUACUGCUAUACAAAUUGUUUACAUUUUGUUGCUUGUUUUACUUUUUUUCUGAUUAAUUAAUCUUACUGUUUUGUUAUUUACUCUCAAAAUGGGAAACCUAUGGUUUCUGUUGAUUUCUUGCAAAUCCAAAAAAGAAAAUAUGAAUGAAAACGAGAAGAAAAUAGAAAGAGUGAAAAAAAUAUAUGAGAAAGAAUGUGAAGAAGAGGGUGAGUGAGUAAGUGAGUGAGGAAGCGAGAGAGAGAGAGAGAGAGAGAGGGAAGAAAUUAACAAUGCGAUUACUUGAUUUUUUUUCCUUCUUUUCUUCACCGUCUCUUUUUUUCUAUUGAACUAUUUAUUAUUUGGAGCAGAGAGCAUGUAAAACGAACAAAUAAAUACUUGAUCUAACUGUUUUUCAAAAUACAAAAAUCAAUAAGCCUCACUAAUCAACACGCCAGUUGUGGCUUGCCUAAAUAAUUGGCCGCAAAUGAGUAGAAAGAGGGUGGGAAAUACUUGGCCGCUUCAUAAUCUUGUUUUCUCACAAGGCGAUAAAAAAUAAUAUAAUUGGAACUAUUAAAUGUUAGAAUCGUUAGUUUACUGGGUGAGUAAAAUAAACUUUCUAAGAAAAUAAGAUAGGCCAUAUCUUCAGGGUUCAAUUUGGUUAAUACUCUCUUUAAACUGAGAAAUAGAAAAAUGAUUAAAAUAGCGCACGGGACCCU